GCAUAUUUUGCUUAAUGUCAAGCAUAUGUCAACUUCAAUAUUUGUCUGCAUUUGUAAAAGUUGUAAAUAAGUGAGAAUUUUAAAAUUGUUAAUUUAAUCCAAGAAUGCCUAAAUACUAUUGCGAUUAUUGUGACACGUAUCUGACUCACGAUUCACCGUCAGUACGUAAAACACAUUGCACCGGACGUAAACAUCGCGAUAAUGUGAAAUUCUAUUACCAGAAAUGGAUGGAAGAGCAAGCACAAUUCCUCAUCGACGCAACUACUGCAGCAUUUAAAGCGGGUAAAAUUACACAAAAUCCAUUUGCUCCAGGAGUGCCACCAGGUGUAGCAAAACCACCAGGCGUUUCAAUACCACCACCAAAUAUGGCGGCACCACCACGGCCUGGUCUACCGGCACCGGGAAUGCCACCUAUGAUGUUACCACCAAUGAUGGGUAUGCGUCCGCCGCCGAUGAUGGGACCUAUGGGCCUAAUGGGACCACCACCACCGUUGGGUGUGCGACCACCUAUGCUUAAUGGGCCACCACCAAAAUAAGGAGAAAACAAAUUAUUUAUAGUAUAAAAAGUGUGACCAGAUUUCCCAUGAAAAAUGUAAUUUUAAGUGAACAUUUAAA